AUAAAUAUCCUGAAAUUAUCGUUAUCUUCAUCAGUAUAUUUCAGACUUUUAUCGAAACUGAAAAAUCAAUUAUUGAACAAUGAAUUUGCUCAAGACUUCUAUUCUCCUCUUUGUGAUUUUUGCGGUAGUGGGAUUGAACCACGCCGGUUCUGAUAGUGAACAAGAAGAAGAAGAAGGCAGCGUAAUGAGCGGAUGCUCAGAUCCAGAAGAACAGGAACUUUCUGGAGAUGACCCUGACCAUAAACAGUUUGAUAAUCCUGCAUACAAAAAGCACAUGGACGCUCGUUAUAAAGUACUCAAGCGAAAAAUAAAGAAAAAUCAAAUGUGCUGUAACGGUAAUGCAUGCAAAGGAUGCCAAAAAGAAUUAGCAAUCGCCCAAGAUAAAUACGAUAAAGAUCACGAGAAAGCUGAUGCAGGAACGCUGAAAACCGGUAUGUUCGAAAAAACAGGUAGCGGACUUCAAAAACGAGUUAACAAAUUAGCAAAAGUAGCUAAAUCAAUGAAGAAAACAUUAAGCAAAAAGAAGUGAUUUCAUACAUUAUUUUGAUUACUUAACUGUGACAAAAUCGGGUUUUUAAUGAGACUACCUAUGUGGUACUCUUUUUACCUGCACAAAUAAAUAAAUAAAUCGGAAA